AUGCUCAGCGUAUUGCCUUGGGCCUUGAUGGCUCUUGCUCCACUGGCAGAGGCCCGUUUUGGUCCCAGGCCAAGAUCAGCCGACGAUGAUUCGCUCCGAUGCUGCCCUUGUCUUCCAACAAGCCUCGGCCCACAGGAUAUGACUGUCACUAUUACGGCCACAAAUAGCAAAGAAACCGUGACCAUCGAUCAUACAAUCGUUGUGCCAGCAACCACCGUCUUUGUCACUCAUACUCUUACUCCUAGCUCGCCUGCCACUGUCACCCAAGAGGUGACAGUUCAUCCAGAAUUACCAGCUAAGGUAGAGACGGCGCUGGUCACCAUUUCCAGCUCAGAGUCCUCAGCACAGACAGUUACGAUGACGGUACAGGCAGGAGGUGACCAACCCGAGUCGCCCAAGACUGUGACAGUGACAAUCAACCCAGACGAACCAACAACAUCUGUCAGUGCGACGGCCACUUCUGCUGUGACUGUUACCGUCACUCAACAGACGCCAGAUAGCUCAUCAGCUGAACCAUCACAUUCGAGCAGUAGUCAGGGAGUCGACGCAAACACUGUCACCGUCACUAAUGCCCAAGCAUCUCAGACUGCGGAAUCAAACCCAAGUACCAAGACUGUGACUGUUGUGCAGAAACCACCUGCGCCGAGCUCAAGUGCCGAGACAGUGACAUUUGUGGAGAGUCCAGCAGGCCCCAGCACUACGACCGUAACACUUACAAACAAUCCUUCAAAGGCAAUCUCUGCGAACUCUACCGUUGAGACGGUCACCUUUGUGGAAAACCAGGCAACCUCAAGCACUGCAGCAACCGCCUCGGAGAGUGCUCCAGCAAACUCAACCACCGAGACGGUGACGUUUGUGGAAAACUCAGCAAGCCUAAGCACUGCGACAGUUACUCUCACAAGCAACUCUGCUAUGCAAAGCUCUACAACAGCGACUUCGGCAAGCAACCCGUCGAACGAAACAGUAACAGUUGUGGAACACCCUGCCAGCGCAACCACUGCGACUAUGGCCCUCUCAAGCAGCUCUUCACAACCAACAACUUCCAACACAACCGCCGAGACUGUACCCUUUGUACAGAAUCCUCCAACGCCAACCGCUACUCCACUGGUAGUGUCACCCAAGAGUUCAUCAAGUCUAGGUACAGGUAUCCAGACGGCUACUUCUGUGGCCAAACCGGCAAUGAUCACAGGCCCACCACAAGCUGGAACAAUCUCGCCUAUCGUUGACCAAUUCACCACUAUGACGCAAACUGUUACCUCCUCCGGGGGAGACGUCAACAUGGAAAUCAACAUCAUCAACAUCUUCACCGGAGAGGUCAUUUGCAAAAAGGAGGGCAGUGAUGAGCCCUGUGACCCCAAGCCGUCACCCUGCUUGACAACUGGCAUCUUCACACAGACGGCGACAGCAUUCAACACUGUCAUUGUCACUGUGAGUCCCGGUAUGUGGACGAAUGGCACAUCUGCCACUGGAGUUGCGCCGCCGCUUGGUACAGGUACCGGCAGCCCUGUGCUUCGAAGGGGUAGGUUGCCUAUGAUUAGGAAGCGACUGUAA